UUUUAUUAACUCAUAUUUUUUCUUGCUAUAGUCUUCUGAAUUUAAAAGAGCAAAUGACGACCCUCAACACCUAAUUAUACGUAAUGUGACAAAGAAAGAUGAAGGUUGGUAUACAUGUCUAGCUGUGAACAGCGCUGGAAUGAAUUCUAGAAGCGCCUGGCUGACUGUUCUGAAUGGUAACAUUGAGACAGAAUUUGAGGAGCUAAAGGAAACAGACAAAAAUGAAUUUAAUACAAUAGAUUGGUACGAUUGUCAAGACGGAGUUGACGAUAAAGAAUUUGACGACCUAAAAGGACCUCCUGAUUUUACGAGACGGAGUCAUGUUAGAUUCCUCACAAAAGCAGUAAACAGCUCUAUAGACUUUGACUGCGCUGUCAUGGCUUUUCCUGUUGCAGAAAUAAAUUGGCUGAAGAACGGAAUUCCGAUGAAAGAGAAAACCGGAAAGUAUAUAUUCAAUCGUUACACGCUAACUGUUAAGUAUCUAACUAGUGAGGAUAAUGGCAACUACACAUGCGAAGUAAGAAAUGAGUAUGGUGCUAUAAAUCGGACUAUAACACUAGAAGUACAAAAGGAAUAUGGCUCUGCCCCAAUUAUGGAAGAUAUUAGUAAUCAGACGGUACUAACUGGCACCAACGUAACGUUUUCCUGCCGAAUAGUGAUGAGUGAUUCUCAGCCACUGUUGCAAUGGCUUCGUCAUUUCAAGAAAAAUGAUUCCUAUGUUAAUGAGAAAGGGGAGCCAUAUGUGAAGACUUUCAAGUCUUCUGGAUUUAAAAGUACUAUUGACGACCCUCAACAUCUAGUUCUGCAAAAUGUGACAAAGGAAGAUGAAGGCUGGUAUACAUGUCUAGUUGCGAACACCGUUGGUACGAAUUACAGAAGCGCUUGGCUGACUGUUCUGAAUGAGACAGAAUUUGAGGGGCUAAAGGAAACAGACAAAGAUGAAGUUAGAACAACAGAAUGGUACGAUUAUCAAGACGAAGUUGACGAUACAAUAUUUGACGACAUCAAAGGACCUCCUGAAUUUAAGAGACGGAAUCAUGUUCGAUUCCUAGCAAAAGCAGUAAACAGCUCCAUAGACGUUGACUGCGAUGUCAUGGCUUUUCCUGUUGCAGAAAUAAAUUGGCUGAAGAACGGAAUUCCGAUGAAAGAGAAAACCGGAAAGUAUAUAUUCAAUCGGUACAAUCUAACUGUUAAGUAUCUAACUCGUGAGGAUAAUGGCAACUACACAUGCGAAGUAAGAAAUGAGUAUGGUUCUAUUAAUCGGACUAUAACACUAGAAGUACAGAAGAAAUAUGGUUUUGCCCCAAUUAUGGAAGAUGUUAGAAAUCAGACAGCACUGACUGGAACCAAUGUAACUUUCUCCUGCCGAAUAGUGUUAAGUGAUUCUCAGCCACUGUUGCAAUGGCUUCGUCAUAUUAAGACAAAUGAUGCCUUUGUUAAUGAGAAAGGGGAGCCAUAUGUGAAGAUUUUACAGUCUUCUGGAUUUAAAAGUACUAUUGACGACCCUCAACAUCUAGUUCUGCGAAAUGUGACAAAGGAAGAUGAAGGCUGGUACACAUGUCUAGUUGCAAACAACGUUGGUAUGAAUUACAGAAGCGCUUGGCUGACUGUACUCAGUGAGACAGAAUAUGAGGAGCUGAGGUGAACAGACAAAAGUUCGUACAUUUGGCGUCACUGAUAAACAGUCGAGCAAAGAGUCGAAUUCAAAGGUUCAUAUAAUGCUGCCCUUCUACACCAGUCCUCGUAAUUGUUUGUAUAUUUAGUUUAAUAAUGUGUUUCCAUGCUUAUCUGAACUGCAGAAUUGAAUUCACAUUCAGUUCUAAAAUGUCAAGGCAGUUGUAUUCUUUAUUACACCUUGUAUUGGAGUGCAGGCAAAGACCUGCCUUGAAACUGUAUUUCAACAAACAUUUUGCACUAAUACUGCAUCUGGAAUGCAAUAAAAGUGUAUACCUCUUAA